AUGCGGCCUGGAAGCUGCCCGGGUGGCCUUCGCGGCUGGGCCUUGGCCUGGUCGUCGCUUGAGGAGGGACCAGCAACUGGGCCACUGGGCAACGGGGCAUACUGGCAGCAGUGGCAGCCAGCAACACCAUCGCCGGAUGGGCCGUGGGGCCUCGGUGUUGCGGCGCUGGUGCUGGUGCUUGUCCUGGAGGUGGUGGCGACUGCGAAGUCCAAGUCUUCCCGCUCCCACCUAUCCAGGGAGGGAGGGAGGGAGGAGGGUGAUGGGAUGAAGGGGCUGAAUGAAGGCGACGAUAGGAUGGACGAUGACGAGAGGAGCAGCCCAGGCCACCAUAUCCCAUGGCCACCACGCCAACCCGCUGCAAACGGCGAUCGCCUGGACUCGCGCGAGACCAAGACGACUCGUACUCCGGGCUCGAGUCCCCUGGCGCACGAGGGUGAGGGUGAGGGUGAGGGUGGCCGCCGAAGAAGCCAAAAGCAACGAGACCCGGCAGCCUGGGCGAUGGGUUUCGACCAUGAUAUGAUGCUCCGGCCUCCACGGCACCGAUUUGCCCUGCAAGCGACCUGCGUUUCGCACGCCGGCGAGGCUGCCGACACAGACGCGGACGCAUCUGAGGGAUGA